GGGUACGAAAGCACCGAAGCAGAGGGCACAGGGCAGAGAGAGAGACGUACGAGUACUCAGGACGGACCACCAUCCACAUGCUAGCUGUGCAUCGCUGCUCUCACAGGCAGAGGCUGGGGUCAUGGCGGCGGCGGCACGCAGCAUCAAUGCCAGCGAGUAGCAGUGGUUCAUGGUAGCUUUCAUUGCAGCUGCAUCGUUUCAGUGAUCCGUCCGUCCAUCCACCAAAAAAAAAAAGACUUGAUUGCCAACCGCUGAGUGCGAGAGCUCCGCCUUCGGCCUUCCGCUCCUGCCUGCCCCCCGAAGCAGACAGAGCCACAGAGGAGACCACUUGUGCCGCUCGAUCGUCGCUGUCCUCCGUGCGCCGCCCGGGUACGUGAACUCCCGUACCAACGCUGCGCCUGCGCUGCACAAGUGGUGGUCCAAGACAAGAUGAACUGAAACACGGGCGCCGCUACCAUGACCUGCCGACUGCCGUCCGGCUACAAGACACGUCUGGUCCGCUCCUUCUCUCGAUGCUGGGCCGGACGAAUCAACACUGACGGCCCACUAUCUCGGUGUCACGGGGGCCUGUUAAAACAUCGCCUCGGCCACCCCGGCCGGCCGCGACUCGUCGUCAAAACUUCUGAUCGGGGAUGCGAUGGUGGUGGCUUCAUUCGUGGUCUCAAGCUUACCAGAGUGGCCUCUUUUUUUAUCAAGAGCGACGCCUGUUCGGAGGCGAACAUGCUGCCGUCCUCGACAAUAGAUUUUGGCCGUCUUUGAAGAUCGAUUCCGUGAUAAUGAACUAGUGAUAUCUACCUCGUUAUCAUUGUCAUGAGCAGAGCAGUAGUGCCGCAACCCAGCAAUUCGCCUCAAAUUAUCAAAUCGGUGAGUACAAUGUGCUGCCGCGCUUGUUUGAACUCGAAAUAUGCACAUUUACAAUUAUUAUUACAGCCAGCGGGGCAGCGAUAGAAACAACAAAACCCAUAGGAUACACCAAGAAGAAGCAUAGAACGUUAGAAGCCCCCGUCACACCUUGGCCCUUGCAUAUAACAACGGCAUAUGCACCUGUCCAGCUGAAGCACACGUCGAACUCGUCGUCAGAAAAUGGAAGAAGGCAACAACGAAUCAGCCGAGCUCCCCCCUGGCACAACCGCCAGUGUCCACAACAAGGCGCUGUCGGGGACCAGGGAGGAGGUGGAGCGCGGCCGCGAGGCGGCGGUGCAGGCGUGGCUGGCGUCCAUGCCGCUCGGCGAGGAGCUGGAGCGGCUCCGCACCGAACUAGCCGCGGCCAAGACCCGCCUCGCCGCGACGGCGGCCGAGAUACCGCUGCUCAAGUCGCGGAUCGAGUCCACGAACGCCGCGGUCGCCACGAGGCAGGAGGCGGCGGCGAGGAAGAAGGCCGCCGCGGAGGACCUCCGCCUGCGCGUCGACGGGGCGCGCGCCGAGCUCCGGCGGCUGCGCGCGGAGGUCGCGGCGUCGAGGGGCGCCAAGGACGCGCUGGAGCGGCGGGUGCUCGUCCGGCGCCAGGCCGCGCGGGCGCUUCAGCUGGCGGAGCGCGCCAUCGCGGCGGAGGCCCACGCGCUGGCGUGGUCCGCGGCCGCGGCCGCCGAGCUGGCCGCGCGCGCGCGCGGCGACGGGGAGGAGGACCCCCACCACGACGUCGUGGCGCUGCCGGCGCGGAAGCUCCAGGAGCUGCGCAGGCUCGUGGACGCCGAGGAGCGGAAGGCCGAGGCGCGCGUCGAGGAGGCCGAAGCAGCGCGGCACGCGGCGAAGGCGCGAAGAGCGGCGGCCUUGGCGAGGCUGAACGCAGCGCGCGCCAAGAGGCGAGUGGCUGCUGAAGCUGAAGCUGAGCUUCGUCGCCGCGCGGACGGGGACGACGCCCGCGGCACGCGGGCAAGCGCGCUGGCCCGGAGGAGCCGGAGCCGGAGCGGGAGGUCGUGCUUCGCGGUGAAGAAGCUGCGGAGGUUCCUGGGCAACCUAACCAAGGCUUGAGCGUUGAGGUGGCUGCGGGCGUUCAGAAGAGUUCUUCCUGAGCCGAAUUGUGGUUGGAGAAAUAGGGAAUUGUGUUGAGGUCAAAGGAUGCAUUUAUUUUGGAGGAGAUGCUGAAGCACAUGAAGGGGUGGCUGCAGAAAUAUCAACUGAGGCAUGAGUCAACAUCGGACAUUGGCGUCAUCUGAUUUUCUGGGGUUGUUUUCUGUCAGUCCUGAGCUUGGGUUUUAGCCAGUUUGGAAAUAUGGGUUAUUGUUGCUGUCUGCUGGAGCUGCUUAUGUUCAUCUUGAAGGAGAUGUCCCUGUUUGUAGUCUGGAAGAUGGGUGUUAGAGUGGAGUUUGUUUUGUUUUUGUGCCUGUUGUUGGGCCCAUGGAGCUGUGUGCAAUGUGUGUUGGUUCCUAUUCUGUAGUGUUUAGUUCAUGUUUGUUUUCUGGUGGUUCUGAUUGUAA